AAGCAGAAAAAUGAACGCCUGUAACACCUAAAACCGGAGAGGCGUAGGUUCCCUGGGCACAGGGUCCCCACCGAGGCCAGGCGGCACAGGGAGGAGGGGUGCCGCGCUCAGCCCCCCUCCCUUCUCCCGGUACCCCCUCCCCUCGAUCCCCUGCACUCUCCUCCCUCCCACCCCGCGGCCCCCUCCUCCCCGCACUCGGGGCUGAACUCGAGCGCUGCCCGCCGAGCCGGGCCGCUUCAGGGGGAGGCGCCAAGUCUCGAAUGUUCCCGGCCCCGGCCGCGCAGUCCCCGCUGCCGGGAGCCGAGCGGCGUGGAGCCACAUUAACUCUCUUCUAGAAGACAGCUUUACAAGGAUCUAGAAGGACCAAAUUUGGGCUCCGGAACUCUGCAGCGACCAGCUUAGCAGGUCAUACAUUCUUCAGGAGCUGAGAAUUCAUAAGUCUGGUCUUCACCGUGAUUUGGAACUUCCCAGUCUCAGAAAAGUUGACCAAGGGACUGCACAGGACAGAGUCCAUAUGGAAGAAGAACUGCCUGGUUUCUAUGGAGAAAGUGGCAAGCCAGUCCAGGCUACCCUGUCGUCCCUGAAGAUGUUGGACGUGGGGAAGUGGCCAAUUUUUUCCCUUUGUUCUGAGGAAGAGCUGCAGUUGAUUCGUCAGGCCUGUGUCUUCGGCAGUGCUGGCAAUGAAGUUUUAUACACCACAGUCAACGACGAGAUUUUUGUGCUCGGCACAAACUGCAGUGGCUGUUUAGGAGUAGGUGACAUUCAGAGCACCCUUGAGCCCCAGAGACUGGAUUCUUUAACUGGCAAAAAGAUAGCCAGUCUCAGCUACGGGAGUGGCCCACACAUCGUCCUUGCAACAACAGACGGAGAAGUCUUUACCUGGGGUCACAAUGCAUAUAGCCAGCUGGGCAAUGGGACGGCGACUCAUGGUUUACUGCCCUGCCAUAUCUCUACUAACUUGUCAAAUAAACAAGUCAUUGAGGUUGCCUGUGGGUCUUACCACUCUUUGGUCCUAACAUCUGAUGGAGAGGUAUUUGCCUGGGGUUAUAAUAACUCUGGGCAGGUAGGAUCUGGAUCAACCGCUAAUCAGCCCAUUCCUCGAAGAGUCACAGGAUGUCUGCAGAAUAAAGUAGUUAUGAACAUAGCAUGUGGGCAGAUGUGCUCCAUGGCCGUUGUGGACACUGGAGAGGUCUAUGUCUGGGGUUACAAUGGGAAUGGACAGCUAGGCCUGGGCAGCAGUGGCAACCAGCCAACCCCCUGUAGAGUGGCAGCCCUGCAAGGCAUUCAUGUCCAGCGGGUUGCCUGUGGCUACGCACACACAUUAGUACUAACAGAUGAAGGUCAAGUGUACGCUUGGGGUGCAAAUUCAUAUGGCCAGCUGGGCACUGGCAAUAAAAGUAACCAGUCCUAUCCUACCCCGGUUGUUGUGGAAAAGGACAGGAUCAUAGAGAUCGCAGCCUGUCACUCUGCCCACACAUCUGCUGCCAAGACCCAGGGUGGGCACGUGUACAUGUGGGGCCAGUGCCGUGGCCAGUCAGUGACCCUUCCCCACCUCACCCACUUCUGCUGCACCGACGAUGUGUUUGCCUGCUUUGCCACCCCUGCCGUCACCUGGCGCCUUCUCUCCGUGGAACCUGAUGACCACCUCACUGUGGCUGAGUCACUGAAGAGGGAAUUUGAUAACCCCGACACUGCAGACCUCAAGUUUCUGGUUGAUGGAAAAUACAUUUAUGCUCACAAAGUCCUUCUCAAAAUUAGGUGUGAGCAUUUUCGUUCUUCAUUAGAAGACAGUGAAGAUGAUAUUGUAGAAAUGAGUGAGUUUUCAUAUCCGGUGUUCCGAGCUUUCCUGGAAUACCUAUACACAGAUAACAUCAGCCUAUCUCCCGAGGAGGCAGUAGGAUUGCUAGAUCUGGCCACAUUUUACAGUGAGACUCGGCUGAAAAAGCUCUGUCAGCAGACCAUCAAGCAGGGGAUCUGUGAGGAGAAUGCCAUCGCUCUGCUCUCUGCUGCUGUGAAGUAUGAUGCUCAGUAUUUAAAUAAAAACAAAAGAUACUCAACUGCAUCCUCUUGGAAUGGCGAUGGUAGGAAGUGUCCAGUGAGGAGGCCAUGUCCACCGGCAAGUGGACUUAGAAGAGUUCUGCUUCAGAUUUUGUAUAAAUCAUCUGACUGUAGUAACACAGACUUCAGGAUUUGCAGAAAUGGACCAUGAUCUUCUGAAGAACUUCAUCAGCAAAGCCAGCAGAGUUGGAGCCUUUAAGAACUGAUCCCUGAUAUGGAAAGGGAUGUUUAAGCCUUUCCAUGUCACCCCUGCAAAAAAUAAAUAAAACAUUAAAAAAAUAAAGGCCACUGAUAAACAACUUUUCUGUAAUUAACAGUGUUGAGUUAUAUCUGGCCAAAUUCUUACGUUCUGUCAAAAGGACGGCAGUCAGGCUUCUCCAUCUACCUAACCUGGAGUUUACAGUGGAAGGCUGAGGGCUCCAGUAGGUGUGACACACUCAAACACUGAAGAUGUACCGGCCUCACGCCAGUAGAGACUCCCCCCUCUUCGCAGGUAUUUGUUGUAAAUAGCUUCUUGGUUAGGGUGGAGCUUUGUGUUCACUUCCCCUUCUCCGGCCAGGAGUCUGUCCUGAGCUGGAGCAGGCCUUGUGCAUGCUGUCAAGUCUCUGGUUUCACAUGUGCAUUCGCUCUGUUGUGUCAGCGCAGGCCCCAUGCUCAGGUGUAGCUGAGUAGCAUAACUAGAUUCUAUGGCUCCGUCCUUUUAUGUUGUUUUGUU